ACUUGAUUUUUCCGAUUGGUUUGUUUAUUUUAUGCAUUUUACAUAGAAAUUCCAUGUUUUGGUGAAGCCCAAUUUGAAACACGAGAUAUGUUUGGAUAUUUACAUAGGCUAAUGAUAUGUGUUGCUAUCUGUAUCUAAUUUGUCAGUUUUAAGAAUUCUCUAAAAGGUGGUAAUUCUCUGAAAGCUGGUAACCUCACGAAUGGUUGUAUAUUGAUUUUUAUGUAGGAAGACUUGCUUUAAACACCAUGAGUGUCAAAACGCUUGAAAUGAAAAUGCAUAUGCACACGUUUCUGGCUUGGAAAUUGGACCCAAGAGUGUCUGCGCUUGUGGAAUCACAUGUUUCGGUUGGUUUUGAAAUUCAAAAAUGGUCUUUAUAGGCAAGAUAGUAAUCUUCUUAGUGCCCUUGCCUCGAUGUAUGAUGAGAGUAAAGAUCAUUUCGUCAUUGGGAAUCCUAAGAUGGAUAUUGAUUUUGGUCUAGAAGACGUUUUAUAUAUUACAGGUCUUCCAACUGACGCAGAACAUGUUUCAGGAUAUGAGAGUCAAAACAUCAAGGGUACAAUCAUGGAGCAUUUUAAGAUAAAUGAAGAGAAGGCUGAGUCAUUAAUGAUGAACUCCGGUAACAGUAUUGAUCUCUCAAGAUUGAAGUUUGAAUUUGAGAUGGUACCACAAGAGGAGGAUAUUGACUUAGAGCCUUAUUUCAAGGCUUAUCUCCUCUUUUUGUUGGGAGAAUUCAUUCACCCAAACAACAGCUGCUCUUAUUCUCCCAUGUACCUACCACUGCUUGGAUUGAAUGUUGUCAACCACUAUGCUUGGGGAGCAGCUAUGUUGGCGAAUAUGAAAGAAUCUAUAGAAAAAGUGAAGAAAGUUGGGAAAUUCACAAGCUUAUGUGGUUUUUCGUACGCCCUCACGGUAUUUGCAUUAGAGCGGUUUCCAUUCCUUAGAGAAAGAUGUGGAUCAUCACCUCUAUAUUCUCUACCAUCCGGAUUUCCCUUGAUUUUGGGGUGGAUGGAGGCGUUGUGUAAACCGAAUAAAGACACGAAAAAUGUAAAGUCUGUGGGAUACUACAAAAAGAAGCUUCAAGACAUGGAAGAAAAAGACGUAAGAUCUUAAACUCUUAUUUCUGUUUUUAAAUACAUAUAAAUUGAAUAUAUAUCGUUAUAAAUUGAAUAUAUAUCGUUUUUAACUGAGAAGCAUAGGUUGUGUGGCAGCCUUAUAACAAUCGUGACUUUAAACUGUCGGAGAAGUAUGCUUCUCAGUUGCCUAUGGUCUUUUCACGCACACCAUGUUCGUGAUUUAAAGAAUGUGCGUAUAAUCGUCCAGAUGUAUGUUUUAAGCAAUUAGGAUUAGAGAAGUCGCAAGUCAAAACAUCGUGGCCAAAGAUUAAGAAAAAGGAGGAAAUUGAAACUAAGCAAAUACAAAAACAAAGAUUGGAAAUCUUCCAACCCUUACUACAAAUUCGUGGCUGAGGAGUGGACUAAGCGAUAUGAAAAUUUUAUCUGUGAAAUUGCUCGAGAUGAGGUGACGAGUGUUCCUGAGAGUUGCAAGUGGUGGAUAUUCUACUUCUCAUUCUUUUCGAAUUAAACAUGAGAGGCCUUAUUUGGUCGAAGACAAUGAAGAGGGACCAUCGGAUCAUAGAAUGGUGUGUGCCACACAUGUUUGUGAGAAUGAAUCAUCGGAUCAUAGAGAUUCUGCGUGUGAGAGCACGCAUGGGGAUAAUUCCACAAAUGCACACAGCAGCGAAAAGGAGCAACCAUCACCAUCAUCACACAACAAUGACAAUGGGGACUACGUAACUGUGGAGCCGGAGCUGCUAGAGCUACAGAUUUUGGAUAAGAAAGUGAUAAAUGUGGAUGAAGAAAAACCUCAAUCUUCAAUGGUGGUGGAGCAAGCAGUUGAACUGCCUGCUGGCUUACUCGAAGAUAUAUGCUACCCAUCAAGAAAUGAUCCAAACUUUGUUAACGUGCAUUGUAAAGAUCUUGAGUGCCUUGCUCCUCAAAAAUUUCUGAGAUCACCGGUUAUGGAUUUCUACAUCAGGUUCUUGCAGCAGCAGGUACCUUCAGCGGAUCAAAUCUCUGAGGAUUUUCAUUUCUUUAAUACUUAUUUCUACAAGAAACUCUGUGACGCUCUUACGCACAACGGGAAUGACAAGGAGGCCUUUUGGAUCAAUUUCAGGAAUUGGUGGAAGAGUAGUGACAUAUUCCGUAAGGCUUAUAUAUUUAUACCAAUACAUGAAGAUUUGCACUGGAGCCUAGUAAUAAUUUGCAUCCAUGAUAAGGAAGAUGAAUCCGGAUUGACUAUACUUCACCUCGAUUCAUUAAGAUUUCAUUCGAGAAGAAGAAUUGUUGAAAAUGUCAAAAGUUUUCUAGAAUAUGAAUGGAACUAUGUGAAACAAGGUGAUUAUUCCCUGGAUUUACCAGUCUCGAAACAAAUAUGGGAAACUUUCCUGCAUAGUAUCAACAAUGUUGAUAUAGAGGUUCCGCAACAGAAGAAUGAUUUUGACUGUGGUGUGUUUGUUCUCUUCUUCAUUAAACGGUUCAUAGAAGUGGCACCUCAAAGGCUGAAAAAGAAAGACCUUGGAAUGUUCAACAAGAAUUGGUUUAGGCCGGAUGAAGCCUCUGCUCUGAGAAUUAAAAUCCAAAACACGCUCAUUGAUCUAUUCCGUGUCGGUGAUAAUCUCCUUCAGGAGCCAAUAAAGGUCUAUGGGAGGAAGAGGAAGAAACAGAGUAAAGGGAUAGUGGAUAAUGUGCCGGUUGCACUUGAUCGUCUGGUGGGUAAUACGCCGGUUGCACUCAGGACACAAAAUCAACUUGCAAAUGUAGGGAGGUCCCAAUAUGGACGCCUGUAUGUGCAACCAGACUGUUUCACGCCGGCCACAUAUAAAAAGUCAUUGUCCUUUGGAGUUUGCUAAGGAGUUGAUCCUUCUACGUCUCUCUUUUUCAGAACUCUUAAGCGUAGAUUCCUGACUUGGUUCUGAUGUUUAAGUCACAACCCCUUUUUUCCGAUCUCGUCGAAUUUCUCAGCUAGUUCAUUAAACUUAUUCUAAAGUUUCUACAACUCUUCCUCUUUCCUGUUUUUAUAAUCCUUAAGACAUAAGCUAGAUCCACUUAUAAAGGCUUUAACCAACAAGAGUGUCAACAAUCUUAUAAUAAACCAUAAGGGUUUAUAAAUCUUUAAUAAAGAAAAUUUUAAAAUAUGAUUUCUCUUAAAAGAAUUAAACUAAAGAAUUAAAAUAAAUAAAUUCGAUCAAAUCAAACCGAAAACAAACCAAA